AUGAAGCGGCAGAUCGAGGAUCUGCGGAGAGAGUUGGCGGAGAGGACAGCUCCGGUGGCUGUAUGCCCCCCCUCGCCGCCACACCCUAUGGUGCAGGAGCCAACGCCCCCACGCAAAAGGAGGGCAAGUCAACGCUCGUCCCCCUCGUCUCCCAUCGAGGAGGAAGGGCUGAAGAGGAGAGCUAUGGAGGCGGAGGCGGUGACUCUACCGGCAUCACCGGAGCCCUGCCCAGAGACGGAGUUGGUGACCCCACACGUGGAGGAGCGCCGUGAAGAGGAGCCGCCCAGGAGCAAGGAGGUGCAACAGCUCACCAGCCUUGUCACCAGCCUGGCUGCUAUGGUGAAGGACCUCACAGAAGAGGUGCGCGGCGGCGGGAAAGGCCAGGGUGCCACCCGGCCGCCAGAGGUCCCUAACCAGGGAAGAAGUGGACAGGGGAGUGCUGGUGCACCCAACCCUCCCCGGCCCCAGCAAGAGAGGUCGAAGGCGCCUGCUGCCCCAGCCCCGGAGACAUGGGCAACGGUAGUUGGCCGUAGGGCCAAGAGGGCGCAGAAAAAGCAGGCAGCAGCAGCCGCGGAGACUGCGCCACCUGCAGCGGCAACUGCGAGGGCCAACCCAAAGCCGAAGCCGCAGAAGAGGAAGCCCGCGCCGAAGAAAGCGCAAGUGCCGAAGGCCCACGAGAUGGCGGCUCUCACCCUGACCAUUCCUAGGGGUGGGAAGACGUCAUACUCGGAAGCCAUGCGGAAGGCGGUGGAGACCGUGCCCGCCGCCCAACUGCAGGAGAUAGGCAUCGUCGAGUUUAAGACGAAGAA